CUAAAAGGCUUACCAACUAUUUUCAUCCAUAUAUAUAUUAUGAUCUCACAAACUUGCAAACAACAUGAAAAUUAAGAAAAUCAAACCAAACCAAACCUUAAGUGAGUUGUGAGGGCUAAGGAAGUUUCUUCUAUUUCUAAUGGAAAUUCAAUUCCAGCAUCCAAAGCAACACUUGAAGCCAAACAAAUCAUCAAAAGGAGGCAAACUCAAAGGGAGAAAGAACAACAGAAACAAGAACAAGUAUGUUGGUGUGAGGCAAAGAGCCUCAGGGAAAUGGGUUGCUGAGAUCAAAGACACAACACAAAAGAUAAGAAUGUGGCUUGGCACGUAUGAGACAGCAGAAGAAGCAGCAAGAGCUUAUGAUGAAGCUGCAUGCCUUCUUCGUGGUUCCAACACACGCACCAACUUCCUCACACGUGUGUCCUUGGACUCCCCUCUUGCUUCACGGAUUCAGAAUCUUCUCAACACCAGAAAAGGUUCCAAAACCAAACAACAUGAACAAGAUGCUCAAACAUGUGCCACAAGGGUAGUCAACAACAAUCAACAAGGGUUGAGUCUAGCAGAAGAUACUAAUCCUCCACCACAUGGUGAAUUAAGGUUCAAAUCUUCGUUAAGAGAAGUGUCAACAUUUAGUGUCCAACCAUAUUUCGAACAGGAUUGCUUCCAAAAGAGGAUACAUCAUGUGGGAAAUCAGAAAAAAAGAAGGGUCAACAACACAUCUAGUAGUUCUAGUACUAGUAGUAAUAGUGCUAAUUCAAGCAAUAGUGAGACAUGUGAAUACUCACUUUCUAGUGAGACAACAACCCAACACACACAACUAUUUGAUGAUGCUUAUAGACCUGAUUUGAGCGAUUUCAUGGAGUCUGAGUCAGGUUCUGAGAAGAAUCCUUCAUGGGGUUUUGAAGCUGUUUUUGAUCGUUUUCCAUUCAAACAAGUAAUGGAUAUAGCAAAUUUGCCUGAUUUAGAUGGCUUGGAGCUUCCAGAGUUUGAAAGGAUGAAAGUUGAAAGACAAAUAUCAGCUUCACUUUAUGCAAUGAAUGGUGUGCAAGAGUACAUGGACACUGUUCAAGACUCUAAUAGUGAAUCUCUCUGGGAUCUUUCACCCUUGUGCUCAUUUUUGUGUUGAACAUGUUUAUGAAGUCUAAUAAUAAGUAUAUGAUCCUGCAAAUCUCUCCUCCAAUAUGUCUACAGUUUUUUUUAUUUUUCUGUUUUGGUUUGUUUUUGUUUAAAAAUUGGAAAGAAAAAGGAUAUUAAGAGUGAGUGAAAUUUUACAGUAACUGAAAACUUUUUAGUGAGAUAGAAUUCUGUUUAUCUGCUUUCCAAACAUUAGCAGGAAUAUCAAUGAGUUGCAUUAGGUGCUUGAGGGAUCCUAAUUAUGUAAAAUGUCUAAGCA